GUCAAUGUCUUGAAUGCCAGUGCCACCCGACGAGAUGCUAAACAGUACCUGGCCCGCUUCAAGCAAUCGGCCAGGACGACGGCAUACCUCGGUCCCAGCAACCAUGGACAGCAAGAACAUAUCAAUGCCGCCCUACGCCAGUGCCAAGAUCGCCUGGACCAGACUGGAGUCAAUCUGGGUGGCCUGUAUACUCCAGCGCGGGCGAUAGCAGACAGCCCCAAGUUCUCCGCCACGGAUCAUGUACAUGAACAGCACCCAGCAGAGCCUGUGGAAGAGCUCCAUGUCGCAUUGGCAUGUCUCAAAGCGCCCGAAGCGAUAGACGACGCGACGCUGGAUGGCCUCGCCAGGACCAUUGCCCAGCUGGUCAAGCUCGACAUGGCAAUCAUAUUGGUUCUAGAUAUUAAUACGAGCAACGUGCAGGCCGAGGGGCACGCUGAUCAGCUGGCCGAUGUCAAAACGCUGCGCCGAGUCUUCGCACAGCAAGCAGAUCGUCUCUGCGAUGCCAUAGAUCGACAUAAUCCCGAAGGAGCUCGAUCUGUGCCGAACGCCCUGGAAAUGCUCGAGGACCACUGGGAGCAUGGGAUUGACACUUCCGAGUUGCAAGUCACCAUGUCGAACCUGAUCCUGGAUCCAUUGCGACGUGGCAUGGUGCCGAUCGUGUCAUCUCUGGCUUACACUUCGGAAGGCCAGCUGGUACAGGUGCAAGCGGCAGACAUCAUGGCUGCUCUGACCAAACACGUGACCGGCAAGGAUAAGCCAAUUAACCCCGACGCUGCGAUUAGCGCAGAUGAGAUCUCAUUGGACCGCAUAGUGGUGCUUGACGCUGUCGGCGGUAUACCCAGCAAGCACAGGGGCCAUGGUGCUCACGUCUUUAUCAACCUAGAGCAGGAGUACGAUCAGGUGGAAAGCGAGCUUGCAGAGUAUGCUGAAGCGGCUCGUGGAGACAGCAGUGGACCACGAGGACCCGCUGUUUAUGAUCAGCAUCGCGACAACCUCGAGCUGGUCCGCAGAUGCCUACACUUGCUGCCUUCAUCGUCUUCAGGGCUCAUUGUCUCGCCACAGGAGGCAGCGAGUUCGUCAGAGGCAGCGCGAGCAGCCAUGCCACCACUUGGUGCGGGGACGAGGCGACAAAAGAAUCCGCUCAUCCAUAAUCUGCUCACAAACAAGCCUGUGAUAUCGUCGUCCCUUCCUGCAGGACGACUACAUACGCCAGACCAUGAAAUUGAGUGCACGCCUAUGACAGAAGCAAGUACCGUUCUGAGAAAGGGCAUGCCUGUGAGCGUGAUUCCUGCCGCAGAUCGCCUGCUUGGGUGGCUGAAGCCAGCAGCUGGAAGAACUCCACUCAAACUCGACAAAGACCCUCGAGUCGACUUACCGAGACUGGUACAUCUCAUCGAAGACAGCUUCCGACGCAAAUUAAAUGUCGGACACUAUCUCAGCCGCGUCAGUGGCCGCAUUGCCGGAAUUAUCGUUGCUGGCCAGUACGAAGGUGGCGCUCUUCUGACCUGGGAGAUGCCGCCUGGUGUAAAUGAUCCACGACGUUUGGUGCCAUAUCUCGACAAGUUCGCCGUUCUCCAGACAUCACAGGGAUCGAGCGGUGUUGCAGACAUUGUAUUUCAAGCCAUGGUUCGCAGCUGCUUUCCCAAUGGUGUUUGCUGGCGGAGCAGGAAAGAUAAUCCCGUCAACAAGUGGUACUUUGAGCGAGCAGCCGGUAGCUGGCAGAUACCAGAUAGUAAUUGGACCAUGUUCUGGACGGGAGAAGGUGUCGUGGAGGAUGAGCAAAGGUUCAAUGAUUAUGUUGCCGUCUGCUCGAGUAUUCAAGCGAGCUGGGCAAAAGACGGGAAGAAGGAUGAUUGA